GCUGCCUCCGAACAAGCCGGCAUUUACUGUCGUGCGCUCUCACAACGUGCGCCUUUCAUACCUCCCGCAGAUGAAACUCGCGAGUGUUCAGUGAAUUUGUGAAUCAGGAUGCUAUAAAAAUGGGUGGACGACACGUGUUAUUGUUUGUUAUGCUCGCAUGCUCUGUGGCUGCCGAAAGGAAGCCGACCAUCUCUGAGAAACUUAGCGAAGACGCAGAUCUGUCGCAGUUCCUGGCACUCCUGGAGCGGAAUGUGGUAGCAAACAUGAGCCUUCAGUAUCGGCAGAUGACGCUGUUCGCCCCCACCAAUGCAGCCUUCCAAAAGUACAACGGGGAAAUGGAUGACUCAUUAGUGCUUUAUCACAUAUCAAACUUGGCGACGACGCUGACGAAUUUGGAUUAUUCAAUAUCCUCUGAACUGGAUGGCAACCCUCCGUUAUUUGUGACGAGACGGCGGGACACACAACAUGAUGACAUUUACGUCAAUAACGCAAAAGUCGACGUCUCGAGAUCAUAUCAAGCUACGAAUAGGAACGGUAAACGACAGGUCCUACACGUGAUCGACCAAGUGCUACAACCGCUGCUCCCUCACGGCCCGAGCUCCAUCGGCUCUCCUGUUUACAACCCCAAUGCAUAUCAGUUUCUGGAACAUUCAGACGUAUUCGAUAUUGGCCAACAUCGACUCAGGUCGUUCCGGCAGAAAGUUAACCAGCUGCAAAAGAAAGAUGUCUUCAAUGCUGAUGGACGCCAUACAUUCUUCAUUCCCGUAGAUGAGGGUUUUAAGCCAACCACCCGCUCGGACCUGAUCGACGGUAAAGUGGUGGACGGGCACGUGAUCCCGCAACAAGUGCUGUUCACGCACGCGACCCCAGACGGCAAGGAGUUCGAGAGCCUCGCGUUCGGGGACAAUGUUAAAGUGAUCAUAUCCUUCACUACGGCCAUGAAUGGGAAGGAGGAACUGACAUACGUGAAAUCCAACACGGUGGCCGGUGACACGAAGCACAGCCGCGGCGUGGUGAUGGCGGACAUCGUGCGCGCCAACAUACCCGUCAAGAAUGGAGUGGUACAUCUCAUUCAGCGCCCUUUGAUGGUCGUGGACACUACAGUUGUUGAUUUCUUGAAGGCUAUGAAGUCUGCAUGUGACUCUGAGGAGCAAAAUGAAACUUUGGGCAUUGAAAAAGAAGACGGUCCGCUGUGCAAAUUUUACGAAGUCAUAAUGGACUUGGGGCCAAACAACCAGUUUCUGAACGAGUUGAACUUGGCCAAGGAUAUCACGCUGUUCGCGCCUUCCAAUGAAGCCUGGAAUGAGAACAGCGUACAGAAUAUACUCAGAAACCACCAGAAGCUUCGAGAAAUUUUAAGCCUCCAUUUGGUUCGCGAGCGAUUACCGAUGGACGUCAUAAUCCACAAUAACAUGAAUCAGAUCUACCAAGCGCCAACCGCUCUCCCCCGUAAGUAUCUCUACUUCAACGUGCUGGAGUCGCGCACGAACCAGACGCUCACCGUAGAGGGGGGAGGAGUGAACGCGACGGUCACACAACCGAACAUUGCAGCUACCAACGGGUUCGUGCACAUCAUAGAUAGAGUGCUUGGUGUACCCUAUACUACAGUGUUCGAUAAGAUGAAGACGGAUCCGAUGCUCAAUAUAACUUACAACCUUGGCAAGCGGCAGAUGUUCAACCACCAGCUCAACGACUUGGAGCAUCGCUACACAUACUUCGUGCCGCGGGAUCACGCUUGGCUCAAGUUCCAAAUUAAACACCCUUCAGCUUACAAUGCUCUGUUUAAAGAAGAUUUCGGUUACUAUACGCAGCAGAUCCUGGAGCGGCACCUGAUCCGCGCGGGGCGCGCGUACACGGUGUCGGACAUGAAGCUGCUCGCCAACGAGACGCACCCGCUCGUGCUGCCCACCGCGCGCGACCCGCUGCGUCUGCGCGUCAAGGAGUCCGACAAGAAUUACUACGUGGAAUGGAACGGUCGUUGGAUCCACGUGUUCCGGCCGGACGUGGAGUGCACGAACGGCAUCAUACACGUCAUCGACGAGCCGUUCGUGCUCGAGAGCGACAUCCGCGCGACCGGCGCCGCGAACCCACUCGCUCAUACCGCUACCGUUCUAGCGCUUUCCUUCCUUUUCGUUAGGAUUCUAGAGAAUUAGGAUGUUUUUACGCUAUGACAAUUUAGGACUUUUGUUCCUUGUAAUAGGUGCGAUUCGUUUGCGCUGGUUUAUGAAAAGGUUGUUUGCGGAAACGAAUCGUACUUUUAUAUUAGUCAGUUCUUUAAAGAAACGAAUCUUCAAUGGCGGCGCUUAUCAUUCCCUCUCACUCACACACGGCCGUACGGUAUGCAAAAAAAGGGAAAAAUAAAAUCACUAAAAUGUAUUUGAUUUUCCCUAUAAUAGUUUUUAUCAUAAAUUUACAAUGACAAUUAUGCAUUUGCGAAAGUAAAUA